AUGGGGAGGAGUAGGGCAACUGCCAAGUGUUUGCAUGCGAUGGGGUUGGUGCUGACGGCCGUGCUGCUGGCCACCGUGGGUGUUGCUCAAGGUCGCCGCCUUGAGAAUGAGCGCUUGCUUGGUGGCGCCGGGGUUGGAGGAGGCUUUGGUGGUGGGUUUGGAGGAGGUAAAGGUGGUGGGUUUGGUGGAGGCCUCGGCGGUGGUGCUGGCGGUGGAUUCGGUGGCGGUGCUGGGGGUGGAUUCGGGGGUGGUAAAGGUGGUGGACUUGGCGGAGGAGCUGGCGGUGGUGUUGGAGGAGGAGCUGGCGCCGGUGGUGGACUUAGAGGUGGUAAAGGCGGUGGUGUUGGAGCUGGUGGCGGACUUGGUGGAGGAGCUGGCGGCGGUGCUGGCGGUGGGUUUGGAGGUGGUGGAGGCCUUGGUGGAGGCGCUGGUGGUGGACUUGGUGGAGGAGCUGGUGCCGGUGGUGGAUUUGGAGGUGGUAAAGGCGGCGGCGGAGGCCUUGGUGGAGGCGCCGGUGGUGGACUUGGUGGAGGAGCUGGUGCCGGUGGUGGUGGUGGAUUUGGAGGAGGUAAAGGUGGAGGAGGGCUUGGCGGAGGCGCCGGUGGUGGCCUUGGGGGAGGCAAAGGUGGUGGGUUCGGUGGUGGAGCGGGAGGCGGAGCUGGCGGUGGUCUUGGAGGAGGAGUAGGUGGUGGUGCUGGAGGCGGAGCUGGCGGAGGAGUGGGUGGUGGUGCCGGAGGAGGACUAGGUGGUGGAGCGGGAGGCGGAGCUGGCGGAGGAGUAGGAGGUGGUGCCGGAGGUGGACUAGGUGGUGGAGCGGGAGGCGGAGCUGGCGGUGGUCUUGGAGGAGGAGUAGGUGGCGGUGCCGGAGGGGGACUUGGUGGUGGAGCUGGAGGUGGUGGAGGCUUUGGAGGUGGCGGAGGGGGCUUUGGAGGAGGAGCAGGAGGAGGAGGUGGAAUAGGCGGUGGCAUCGGUGGCGGCGGCGGUGUUGGCAUCGGCGGCGGCGGUUUCUAA